AUGCAAUUGAAUUCUUAUUUGUCGCUUUUGUUCGCCGGUUUGGCAUCUGCAGCAAUUAUUGGUAAUAAGAGAGACGAUGCAGUUACUGUACAUCUUCAGAAAACUGUUAACAAAGUUCACACCAAUACCCAGGUUGUGGAGGGAUCUCUCUCGACUGUUACUCAUUUGAAUGUGGAAACUUCUACGACCACUAGUACAAGUUAUACCGCCACUGUUACUAUUACAGUGUUCGGGACUCCAACUACAUACACCACUGUUGCUACCACGCCUUUGGAUGGUAGCACACCAGAUGGAAAUGAUGUUACUACUUCUUCCACCUUGCCAUCUCCAGGAACAACUUCCACUGAAUCUACAUCCCCUACAAGUAGCUCGACUGGAGCAGCCUCAGCAGGUGAAACAACUUCUACUGCUUCCACAUCGGUCCCAACGACAUCUCCGAAUGCUAAAGCCACGAGAUCUUCGUCAAGUACUAGUCCUACGACUUCUUCUUCUUCUUCUUCUGCUGCUGCUGCUGCUGCUGCUUCUUCUUCGUCGUCGUCAUUGUCGGUCACUAGCUCAAGCACCGGCAAUUCUGGACCAACAAUCACCAAUGCCGCUUCUAUUCCGUCGUCAACUUCCUCCUGGAUCAUUGAAAAUGUGACAACUACCACGCUGGAUGGUGUCUGUCGCGUAGACUAUGAUUACUAUGAGGUAUCCGAUUCAGACUCGGUGACCUCAACUUCUACAGUAUAUGCUACCAUAACUAAGUCAUGA